GCGGAGGAUCGCUCGAAAUUUCAGUAUAUCGGUCACGUGGUUGCGGUGUAGAGUCGUACCUUCGGGCUUGCCUUCGACCGCGACCACUGGCAACUCCUCGCCACUGACUUUACCUACAUACCUAUCCUUCUAGUCAUAGUCAUUCCUGUCACGCUGCAGACACAAUGGCCUCUGCAAGAUCUGGCGACGUUGGCUUAUCCGAGCCACCAGCAAAGCGAGCCCGAGUCGAUACGGGCGAUUCGACGCCGAACGGUACGACCAUCCAACACGUUCCGGACGCAGAGAGUAUGUAUGGGGCUAUCUCAGACGACGACGAAGAGGAAGAGGAAACGGUCAGAAGGAGACGGAAGGCUGCUAUGCCUUCUCAGUCGUCUGACAUGUACCUCGAUACUAUCAACAGAGCUGUCUUGGAUUUUGACUUCGAGAAAGUUUGCUCUGUGUCGCUUUCGAAUAUCAACAUAUACGGCUGCCUCGUGUGCGGCAAGUACUUCCAAGGACGAGGACGAAACUCUUAUGCUUUCGCACAUGCGAUACAUGACGACCACCAUGUCUUCAUCAACCUUGAAACAACCAAGGUCUAUGUCUUACCAGACGGAUACCCAGUGUCCGACCCGUCGCUAGAAGAUAUCGCCUUUGUACUCGCACCUUCGUUCACACCAGCGACUGUGCGUCGGUUGUCAUCACCGUCGCACAUCCAGAAGCCAUCCUACGACCUGUCCUCAAACCCAUACAUACCGGGAUACAUUGGUCUCAACAACAUCAAGCGUAACGAUUACAUGAACGUUAUUAUCCACGCCUUGCUCCACGUAUCUCCGCUUCGCGACUACUUGCUGCUCUCGAACUUCCGUGGUAAAGAGCCAGAAAUGCUGAAACGUUUUGCGGGCUUGGCGAAAAAGAUCUGGAAUCCUCGCUUGUUCAAGAGCCAAGUCAGCCCGCACGAGUUCUUGCAAGAAGUCGGCAGAGCGAGUGCGGGUAAGUUUAGGCUUGAGAAGCAGGGGGAUCCAAUCGAGUUCCUUGGUUGGCUGCUGAACCAUCUCCACAAAGACAUGGGUGGGACGAAGAAGAAGAGAUCCAGCAUCAUCUUUUCCGCGUUUCAGGGCCAGGUACGUAUGGAAACACAACAGGUCGUGGUGCGCCCCGAUCUCGGGGACAAUGAGAAGCCCAGAUUUGACAUCGACCGAGAGAUCAAAUCGGCUGUAUCCCCGUUUUUGUUUUUGGCUGUCGAUUUACCGCCACCGCCACUAUUCCAAGAUGCGGUCGAGAAGAACAUCAUUCCGCAAGUCGGCAUUCACUCAGUCCUGGCAAAGUAUGACGGUCGCACUACGCAGGAAUCCGCAGGUCAACUGCGGCGUUUCAAGUGUCAAGAGCUACCGCCAUACAUCAUCCUCCAUUUCAAGCGCUUCACCAAGAACGUCUUCGUUGAAGAGAAAAACCCUACAAUCGUGAACUUCCCUCUCCGCGGACUCGAUUUCCGAGAAUACUUGGAUGCGCCUCCAUCUCAUCCAUCUACUCUGUACGACCUCAUAGCAAAUGUCACUCACGAGUCGGCUGCUGGCACAACUCAUGACAAGGAGAGCACUGUGUGGAAAGUCCAUCUGCGAGCCGGUGCUGGAGGCGGCGACAAUGAGAAAUGGUUCUUGAUUCAAGACCUGAUUGUUGAAGAAAUCCGGAAGGAGAUGAUCUUCCUCGGCGAGACAGUGCUACAGAUCUGGGAGCGAAGAUCCGGCGCCCACUCGUCGCCCAAUGUCGAACGCGGUGAAACCGGGGCUAAGAUGGACGUUGACAGGCAAUAGAGGAUAGCAAGGAGGCGCUGUGAUGACGCGUCGAUCGCAUACUUUAUAUCCUGACACCAGCGCUGGAUCGGACAGCGUCUCGUCCUUGUUGUUUUGUUUCGCUCCGU